UUUCACUUCACCUACUCAUUUGCAACGACCACUACUUCUAUAUAUACACACACACUAAAACACACACCAAACACACACACUCAAACACACACACACACACACACAAUGGAGGGAAAAAACAUCCGACUGUGUUUUUUCCUCAUCUUCAGCGUCGUGUUGGUCACGCUCUUCACCGUCUUCAACUUCCCCACCGAAAUCUCCGACAAGUCCGACAUGCUAAUGUGCGCCACCAACUCCGCCUGGUGCAGCUCCUCCAAGAACCGCAUCCUCCGCCCCCCCACCACCACCCCCGCCGCCGCCCCGCUCCUCCGCAACAACCACACGGAGGACGUCCCCCACCACCCGCUGGACCCACUGACCAUCACGGAGAUGAACAAGGUGCAGAAGGUCAUCAAAUCCAAGUUCGAUGGCUCCGUCUACUCCGUCCACUCGCUGGUGCUAGAGGACCCCGACAAGAGCGUGGUCCGCGCGUGGACGAAGGGCGACGCGCUCCCCACCAGGAAGGCGUCCGUCAUGGCACGCUCCGCCGGGACGAACUACCUGCUGACGGUGGACGUCGAGAGCGGCGACGUGGUGGAGCACGACACCAGCGGAAUCUCCGGCUUCCCUCUUGUCACGCUCGAGGAUAUGCAGAACGUGAUGAGCGUGCCGUUCACGAACGCCCAUUUCAACCGUACGAUCGUCGAGAGGGGCGUUGAUCUGAACGAGGUUGCCUGCUUGCCCUUCUCCCCCGGCUGGUUCGGCAAGAACGAGGAUGGAAGAAGAUUGGUGAAAUUAGAAUGCUUCACAACAAAGGACACUGCAAAUUUCUACAUGAGGCCAAUCGAAGGAAUAAUCAUCGUCACCGAUUUGGACGCAAUGGAAGUCGUCGAAAUCGUCGACAAGGGCAAGCACAUUCCGAUCCCUAAAGCCGCCGGUUCGGACUACCGACUAAACGCCGAGAACUCGGCAACCAUCAAGCUCGCGAGCCCGAUAUCCAUGGAGCAGCCGAACGGGCCGAACUUCGUGAUCGAAAACGAUCAUUUGGUGAAAUGGGCAAAUUGGGAAUUUCACCUUAGGCCCGACCCGAGAUCAGGAGUCAUGAUUUCUGAGGCCAAGAUGCGGGACCCGGAUACCGGAGUGUUGAGGGAUAUUAUGUACCAAGGGUUCGCGUCGGAGCUAUUUGUACCGUAUAUGGAUCCCGAAGAAGCUUGGUACUUCAAGACUUACAUGGAUGCCGGUGAAUACGGGUUCGGGCUUCAGGCUUUGGCCCUCGACCCGCUCAAUGAUUGUCCGAGAAAUGCGGAAUAUAUGGACGCGGUUUUCGCGGCUUCUGACGGUACACCGUAUGUUAGGGAGAAUAUGGUUUGCAUUUUCGAGCGCUAUUCGGGUGACGCCGCGUGGCGACACACUGAGAGCCCAAUUACCGGAAAAUUGAUUCGGGAGGCAAGGCCGAAGGUUACACUCGUUGCGAGAUAUGUUGCGUCGCUUGCGAAUUACGACUAUGUUAUGGAUUGGGAGUUCCAUGCCGAUGGACUAAUUCAUAUCAAGGUAUCGCUUACCGGGAUAGUGAUAGUGAAGGGGACUUCUUACGUCAACAUGAACCAAGUGAACGCAGACGAAGAGUUGUACGGGACCCUCUUAUCCGACAACAUAAUCGGAGUAGUCCACGAUCACUACGUCAAUUUCUACCUCGACAUGGAUAUCGACGGUUCCGACAACUCCUUCGUAAACGUGCACCUCCAAAGGGAGUACACCAAAGGAAAAUCCCCAAGAAUGAGCUACAUGAAAGUCAACAAAACCGUGGCGAAGACCGAGAAGGAGGCCCAAAUCAAGUUGAAGUUGAGCGACCCGUCGGAAUUCCACGUCGUCAACCCUAACAAGCACACAAAAGUGGGCAACCCCGUCGGGUACAAGGUGGUCCCCGCAGGAACGGCCGCUAGCUUGCUCGACCCCGCGGACCCCCCUCAGAAGAGAAGCGCGUUCACCAACAACCAAAUAUGGGUGACACAAUACAACAAAUCGGAGAAAUGGUCCGGAGGAUUGUUCGCCUACCAAAGCCACGGUGAAGACACUCUUCAAGUUUGGUCCGAUAGGGAUCGAUCGAUCGAGAACAAGGAUAUCGUGUUGUGGUACACAUUGGGAUUCCAUCACGUACCGUGCCAAGAGGAUUACCCAAUCAUGCCAACGGUCUCGGCCGGUUUCGACCUAAAGCCGGUAAAUUUCUUCGAGAGGAAUCCGGUCUUGAGGAUUGCGCCGUAUGUUGAAAGUGACCUACCGGUUUGUAAAGCGGCUGCUGCAGCUUGAGAAGGACGGGAUUUUUUGAAGGAUUCGAAAUUCUUCGCUCGAACGAGAAGUGAUCAACGGGUUCCUCUGACUCGGACUUGAUCUUGCAAUGAAGGGACAGAGGAAUAGGGAAAAUGUUAGUUAGAAUUUGUUUCUUGAAUGUUUCAUGUCGGAGAUUUGUAAUUUUUGAUUGGCAGAAGUGUUGAAACUGUGGCUUCCACGUUAAUGAUUGCUACUUUUAAUUUCACUCUAUUAUAUAGCAUUGCAUUUUUUAAGUAUAGCUUUUAAUCAAUAAAAUUGGAAAUGCAGAAAAUUGAAUAAUGUAAUAUAUUGUUCAAUUAUGUUUGCCUAGAGUUAUUUAUUACUCUUU